AUGUCUUUUGCCAAGGACGUCGUGGAUUCUAUGGUCAUGACGGCCAGUGCAUUCGAUAAGCUCUCCGAUGACGAGAUUGAUGAUCUGCCUGUUCUUCCUCUUGUUAUUGCUCGUUGCUCCCCAACAACAAAAGUCCGCAUGAUCGAUGCGCUCCAUCGCCGCAAAUGCUUCGCUGCUAUGACCGGUGAUGGUGUCAACGACUCGCCAUCUCUCAAACGCGCUGAUGUUGGCAUUGCUAUGGCCAAGCUGAAGUUUGUUCUUCAUCUCCUCGCCGAGAAUAUUGCACAAGCUUGUACUCUUCUUAUUGGUCUUGCCUUCAAAGACCAGUCUGGCCUCUCAGUUUUCCCUCUUGCGCCUGUUGAAAUCCUCUGGAUUAUUAUGAUCACUUCCGGUAUGCCCGAUAUGGGUCUCGGUGUUGAAAUUGCUGCCCCAGACAUCAUGCAACGCCCACCGCAGUCUCUUAAAACCGGCGUCUUCACCAUGGAAGUCAUGGUCGACAUGGUCGUCUACGGGCUCUGGAUGGCUGCCCUCUGCCUUGCCGCCUUCUCCGUUGUUCUCUUCGGCUUCGUGAUGCAACCUCGGUAUCGGCUGCAACGAUGCUACAGCGAAGUGUGCGACACCGUCUUCCGCGCUCGCGCCACAACCUUCGUUUGCCUCACCUUGUUCGCCUUUCCUCGCCUGGGAGAUGGUCAACAUGCGCCGCUCGUUCUUCCGCAUGCAACCUGGAUCUAA